AUGGCCAACUAUCUCGCCUCCAUCUUCGGUACCGAGCAGGACAAGGUCAAUUGCUCCUUCUACUACAAGAUCGGCGCAUGCCGCCACGGCGACAGGUGUUCUCGCAAGCAUGUCAAGCCUUCCUACUCGCAGACCAUCCUGAUGCCCAACAUGUAUCAGAACCCGGCCUACGACCCUCAGAACAAGAUGAACCCAAGCCAGCUCCAGAACCAUUUCGACGCUUUCUACGAGGACGUCUGGUGUGAGAUGUGCAAGUAUGGUGAGCUUGAAGAGCUUGUCAUUUGCGACAACAACAAUGACCACCUCAUCGGUAACGUUUACGGCCGGUUCAAAUACGAAGAAGAUGCGCAAGCCGCCUGCGACGCCCUGAACUCUCGCUGGUACGCCGCGCGGCCCAUUUACUGCGAGUUAUCCCCCGUUACAGAUUUCCGAGAAGCGUGUUGUCGUCUCAAUAGCGGAGAAGGGUGUGUGCGAGGAGGAUUCUGCAAUUUCAUUCAUCGCAAAGAUCCCUCGGCCGAGCUUGACCGCGAGCUGCGACUGAGCACCAAGAAGUGGCUCAAGGAGCGCGGCAGAGAUGCGCGCAGCGUCAGCCGCAGUCCUAGCCCAGAGCCUGCCCGCCGGCGGUACUAG